AACCGAAACAUACCCACAGAUCGGACGGCCGAAAAAGGAGCCCACCUAUUCCGGGGCUGCUAUAAAUCCGAGGAGGCCGUCUCCUCCCCACCCCCUCUCGCCGUCCGCCGCUACUCCCCUGCCUCCCCCAGAGCUCGUUAGGGUUUUCUCCUUUUUCGGGGGAGAAAUCUCAAGAGGCGGCACCAUGCUCGUGUACCAGGACAAGCUUUCCGGCGACGAGCUUCUGUCGGAUUCGUUCCCGUACAGGGAGCUGGAGAACGGCGUGCUCUGGGAAGUCGACGGCCAUUGGGUCGUUCAAGGAGCAGUUGAUGUGGACAUUGGAGCCAAUCCCUCUGCUGAGGGUGGUGGUGAUGAUGAGGGUGUCGAUGACCAGGCCGUGAAGGUGGUUGACAUUGUUGACACCUUCCGUCUUCAGGAGCAACCUGCUUUUGACAAGAAGCAGUUUAUCUCUCACAUGAAGCGCUACAUCAAGAACCUCUCUGCCAAGCUUGAAGGGGAUGACCUAGAUGUUUUCAAGAAGAAUGUUGAGUCUGCCACAAAGUAUCUUCUUAGCAAGCUCAAGGACCUUCAGUUCUUUGUUGGCGAGAGCAUGCAUGAUGAUGGCGGCGUGGUGUUCGCCUACUACAAGGAGGGAGCUGCUGAUCCAACUUUCCUGUACUUUGCACAUGGGCUGAAAGAGGUCAAGUGCUAAUCGCACUGUAUGCUAAAAUCUAUGCGGUCGUCAGUAUUUUUGCUCUGCUCUAUGGUUGUCAGUCGACUCUCCAAUGUUGUGUCGGUAACUAUCAGAUGUUGAGUGUCUUGAAAACUUUCUGAUAAUUGUGGGAUUUGCUUUGUAAUGGUAAUCGUGAAAUUGGUGUGGUUAUGUUUUGGUCAA